AUGCGGCCUUACGAACCUGAACUAAUGACCUUAGUUGAAGACAUGAAUCCCUACGUUGAGGACGACGCUUGUCCCGAUUAUGAUGUAGCAGUGAGUCGCAGCACUAGCAACAGCAGAUCUGCAAGCCUUCGAUGGCAGUCCCCCUUCGACGAUCCACCUCAGCCACUCAGCGUCAGAAGGCUACCAACACGUCUUGAACAAUAUGUAUACACUUACAACCUAGUGGCCGGUUCGACGCCCAUACAGUUUAUAAUCUCUGUCGAGCCAGUCAAUGGAAGACCUGAAGCGGGCGACUACAACUUCCAUCUCUCCCUCAAAAUCAAUCAGAUCGAGCGCCAGAUUUGCGAACCAACGAAGCUUAGGCUGUCUAUCGACCCAAGAACUCUGGAUUUCGUCGUCUUUGUGUUCCCUGGUAAAUCAAGCUUACCUGUAGGCUCCCUGUGGUCGUUGCGCGUAUGGCUUCGGACGCAAAGCAUCAGUCACCGAAUAUUCGCAGACGAUGAACUGUUCGUAGGCAAGGAUCUCGACUUUAACUCUAUUGCCGAUGCUUCGUUUGCGCGCCUCAAGACAGCAAAUGCGAACAGUCAAAUCUAUCAAUCGUAUGUCGGCAAGGCACCCGUCACAUUUACCGUUUCUUGGAAGCAGAAAUCUGACAAGACGUAUUCGUACAACAUAGAAUAUGAUGCGGGAGGCGUAGGUGCUACGGUCGUGCAGGAUCUUCUGCUGAAACUAGAUUGCGAUCCCAGAAGGAUAACGUUUACCAUAUAUUCCGUACCCAUGACGUCCACACCAGCCGGUGCUUCGCAUAGAAUCCGUAUCUGGGUUCGUUCACUAGCGCCUUUCCCCACCGAACCUGGCCCCGUCGGCCACUAUACGCUCCCCUUCACUGAUUCCUACAUCUACCACCGGGUAUGGAAAUCCGAUGGCUUCCGCCUAGGUGCACACCUCGAUUUCCUGUCGUUGUCGAACAAGAUGGUUCUCGGCUUCGCCGCUUCCAACACCCCGCAGACUGUUGUCACUGUGCGCUCAGUGCCCCCUCCGCCACGAGAUACGUACUCGCCGGCUAGUAUGAGAAAGUAG